AUGGCUGAUAUAAUGGAAGAACGUUUACGAGCCCAUGUACAAGAAGUGGAGAAUAGAAUGAAAUGUCAGCUUGGUGAUCGGAAAAAGUUAGAAAAUGCUGUACCACUGUCCGAAGAACAGCUUCGAAAAAUGGACAGUGCGCUGAAGCGAACGACAGCUUUUAUGAAAAGAUUAAAAAAUAUUGGGUGCGUACAAUUGGCAUCGAUUUUGCAAGAUAUGGAUAAAGUUAAUUUAUCAAAGUUCGUGGAGGAAAUGGCUAUGACAAUUGCCGAAGCGAAAAUAAAAUAUAGCGAGGUACAGGCCGUUGUAACAGUUUGUGUGCAUUUAUCAUGUUAUUAUGCAGAAUUCUCCUCCCUGUUGCUUCUGGAGUUCCGCAAACUGUUGCCAUCAAAACGAAGUGACAAAAUUCAAAAUCCUUCCAAGUUGCGCGUCGAUAUCAGAUUGUUGGGAGAACUCUGUCUUCACGGCGUUUUUGGAAAAGAAGGUGUUCAGCUUCUAGGUUCUGCAAUUUCAUUCCUCACACUCACUGACAAAACGGAACAUGUCAACAUUCCAAUUUUACUGCCGUUCUGUAAAGCCAUGAAUGUUGAUUUACUUGGCUUGCAUCCUUAUUCAAUAGAACAGAUAGCGUCAACUGCAAAUAUUAAGUUGCCGGAAACGUCAGUAAUAUCUGCUGAUCUCAAAAAAACGUUUGCUCAGCUUCUUCUGGAUUAUCGGUCAUCAUUGAUGGACCACAUAAAACAGGACUUGCUUGAAAUGAAUCAGUUGCUGCUUUCGAUAAAACGUCAGACACGAACACGAGGAGAUGCUUCUGCUGAAGAUCGGAAUCAUCUGGAAGAGACACGUGCGCGCUAUGAAAAGAUUUUAGCGAGUGGAACUCAGCUUAGUGAAUAUUUGGGUGUUGAGAUGGAAGCAAUGAAAGAAGAGCAGAGCGAGGAUGAAGAGGAAGAGGUUUCCGCGCUAGCACUCAGCCGUGCGUUACAAGAAGGAACCAUAACUAUAUGGCCGGAUGAAGACACUCGACAAUUUUAUGAAACAAGGAUGGAGCUUCGACAGCUUGUUCCAGCAAUUCUUUUUCAGGAGUCGGAACAACGAACCUUAGAUUUAGUUGAAGGGAAGAUUGAAGAUGUUGAUUUAAGUGGUUUGGAUACAAUUGCUGAAGAAGUUGAAGAUGAGGGGGACGAUCAUAGUGAGGGUGUCGACGAUGAAGAAACAAAAAUGGAUUUAAAUGAAAUGGAUCCAUCAGUUGCAGUGAAUCGUAUUGAAGCACCAAAAAUAUCUGGACAAGAUUUGAAGCUCAUGAUGAUUGCAUUUAUGGAACAGCUUCCGUGGUUAAUCAAUAGGGACUUAAUCGAUAAGGCUGCACUUGACUUUGUUACGAAUUUGAACACCAGAAACAACAGAAAAAAACUCUGUCAAAUGAUGCUGGAACAAUAUCGGAAUCGGUUGGAUUUGCUGCCGUUCUAUGGACGUUUGGUGGCAACAUUGGAACCAGUUAUGCCUGAUUUGGCACUUGAACUUUCGCACUCAUUGCUUCAACAGUUUCGAGCAGCUGUUCAGAGUAAGAAAAAACAGCGUGUUGACUCGAAAAUAAGAUGUGCUCGGUUUAUCUCUGAACUGGUGAAAUUUGGGAUCAUACCGAAAGGCGAAGGCCUUUCUUGUUUGCGAAUGGUACUUUUUGACUUUCGUGGCCAUAACAUCGAUAUGUGCUGUGCUAUGGUUGAUGCAAUGGGACAGUUUUUGUAUCGUUCAACAGACAGUCAUGGAAAAAUGAAAAUCUUGCUCGGAGUUAUGAUGAAGAAACGCGAUCGUGUCAAUGAUCCGCGGCAGCAGAUGCUGAUAGAUAAUGCGUUCUACACUUGUAUACCACCACCAGUGGAAGAAAAACCGAAGUCUGAAAUCGACCCAUUUCAAGACUUUAUUCGUUAUUUGAUAAGUAAUUUAUCACGUUACCGAAUGGAAAUAACUAUACGGUGCCUCAGGAAAUUGGACUGGUCUGAUCCUGUUUAUGCUAAUUAUGCAGUUGAGUGCCUCAGUAAUCCAUCUCUACCACGGUACAAUAAUGUGCCAUAUCUUGCUUCACUUAUAGCGGCGCUUUCAUCUUGUCAUGAUUGGAUUGGUAUUCGCAUACUCGACGCAACGCUUGAAGAUAUUCGCAUCGCUUUAGAGCUAAAUAGUCCAUCUCUUAAUCAAAGCACAGUACUGUCAGUGAUAUUUUUAGGUCAACUGUAUAAUUACAGUGUGUGCGACUCUCCCAUUAUAUUUAAGACUUUGUAUCAGUUGAUCACCUUCGGUGCUUUCGAUCCGUUAUUGGAUGACUGGAACAAUUUGACACGAAUUGGUCUUGUAUGCGAAUUACUUCUAGUCUGUGGCGAGUAUUUUAAUGCUGGUUCAGCUAAGAAAAAACUGGAUUGCUUCUUAGCAUAUUUUUACCGUUAUUUGUUGGCUAAAGAAGAAGCAUUCAAAGCGCGCAAUAUUGCUUUUCCCAAGGAUGUGCGUUUUCGUGUGGAAGAGAUGAGUGAUUAUGUACGAAAAGGCGGCAAAAUUCCAAAGUCUUUCGACGAAGCACAAAGAGUUGUUGAUGGGAUCCAGCAGCAAUAUAAAAAACUGGUAGAUGCAGCGCGUGAAGGAAAAGUAGCUCAGCAAACAGAAGAGGUAACGGAUGAAGAAGAAGGACCACGGAAGACAAAUUGUGCCGCUGAAGCUGACGAAGAUAAGGAAAUUAAUAGCAGUAAAGAGAUUGUUGUAUCAAUUUAUGAUGAAAAUAAAAGCGUUCGUGUACACACAAAUCGUGUUGUCUUACCCGAAGACGAACUGUUUGUGCGUCAACUUGAUCAAAUAAUUGCAGAAACGAUGCAAAGUAGGGCAAACGCCGUAAGUGUACCAGUUUCGGAAAUAGUGGUACCGACAUCUGCACGCCAAAAAUUUCAUAGAACCGUUGCAUUUGAUGAAAGCGCUCGUAGUACUAAAUCUGAUGAUAUAUCAAACUCGGGAAUGGAAACGAGAAUGGCGAUUUUAACUCGUGGGAAAGGAAAUAAAACGGUGUUGAAGGCGAUAGCAAUGGAUGCACCGAGUUGUUUGGCGGAAACGUGGAAUGCACAGCGGGAGAAAGAGCGCAAGGAAUUCAGCGCUCAUAAGCACAUAACUCUGAGUAUGAAUGAGCGGAUGAUGAUGGAUGAUGAUGGAUCUUUGUCAGAAUAA